AUGACGUCGCAAGUUCGGGAACAACACACACUAACUUAUCUAUGUGCAGAGGAACAGGGCAUUGAGCUCCAAAUUGCGAAGGAGACUCAGGCUACAGGGUGGAAGAUCAACAAGUCGCCCUCCACAAUAGAGGAGAAGGACAUGCUCAAGAAGCUCCUCACGACGCCCCCGGUCAAGAAGAUUGACCUGCACUUCCCGUUGGGCCUGGAGGUCACGGCCCGGAACCUCAAGGGCGUCACCAUCAAGGACGCCCUUGAUGCCAUCCACAAGCAGUUCAAGAAGAGGGCGGAUGACGAGCUCGAGCUACCGUACCUGAAGGGAUUUGAAUGGGAUAAGGAGGAGUCGUGGACGCGGUUAAUUGUGCAUUUGCGGAAGGAUGCCGGGCAGGCCCCGACGACUGGCAAGAAGAAGAAGGGCAAGGAGUAG